GGCAUUUUCCCCCUUCAAAAUUCUAUUACACGCAGAGACGGACAGACUCUCUAUCUCUGUUUCUUGAACCCCAAAUAUCUUGUGCUGUCAUGGUUGGAUAAACCUAUUGCUUCAAUUUCAUAGAGGUAUCUACUAGGAUUAGAAGAACAUGGAAGUUGUUGGAUCUCAAAAUGGUGGUAUCGGUAGUGUUAGUAAUAGGAGUAGUAUGGUCGGGUUCUUCAAGGAAAAAGGUUUCGACGAUAAAAACAUUGAUGAGUUGUUUACUAAAUGUAAGCGUUUAGAAGGUGCAGAAAGAGAGACAGCAUCUCAGAAUUGGGCUUAUCUGAAGAGUAUCGGUAUUCAAGAGAGGAAGUUACCUUAUGUUGUCUCCAAGUGCCCAAAGAUUCUUACGCUAAGUCUGAAUGAUAAGCUUGUACCUAUGGUUCAGUGUCUAACUACCUUAGGAACAAAACCGCGUGAAGUGUCGUCUGCUAUAACAAGGUUUCCUCACAUACUGUCUCACAAUGUGGAGGAGAAGCUUUGUCCACUGCUAGGCUUCUUCGAAGCACUUGGGGUUCCUGAGAAGCAACUGGGUAAGCUGCUGUUGCAAAAUCCUAGGCUCGUUAGCUAUAGCAUUGAUACGAAACUGACACAUAUUGUGGAAUUUCUUGCUAGUCUUGGCUUGAGUAAGGAAGAAGGAACAAUCGGUAAAGUCAUGGUAAAAAACCCAUUUAUUAUGGGUUACAGUGUAGAGAAAAGGCUUCGGCCUACAUCUGAGUUUCUCAAAUCAGUAGGACUCACACUGGUAGAUCUCCAAAAGGUUGCAAUGCACUUCCCAGAAGUUUUAUGCAGAGAUGUUGAGAAGAUUUUGAGACCCAAUUUAUCGUUUCUACAGAAAUCUGGAUUCGGAGAUGGACAAAUAGCAUCUUUGGUGAGUGGGUAUCCCCCAGUUUUGAUCAAGAGCGUGCGGAACUCUUUGGAGCCGAGGAUCAGGUUCUUGUUAGAAGUUAUGAAGAGACAGAUCGAGGAAGUAGUAGAGUACCCAGAUUUCUUUAAGCAUGGUCUAAAGAAGAAACUGGAAGUGAGGCAGAAACUUUUGAAACAGAGGGAGAUCAUUGGCUGUAGCUUAAGUGAAAUGCUGGAAUGUAACGAAAGAAAGUUCCGUCUCAAGUUUGGUGCUAUUAAAGCAGUUAACUAAGUCAGGUUUACUUUUUUUGUCAAAUUGCUCCCUUCUCUUCUAAUGGAGAUAGAUGUGCAAGAUGUUCUUCCACCCACCAACCUUCUUCUUGUUCUGCGGUAUUAAUCAGUUAAAGUAAUGAGGGGUUAAGCUUUUGUAUCAGUUUGGUUUUAUGUUUUCCUUUAGUUUUUGUAAGCAAUUUAUUUCGAAUAUAUCAGUAUGCAUUUCUUCUUUGUCCU